ACCGGCCAGUGCAUAUAGACUUUCUAGGCUCUCUUUGCCAGAUAUUUUGUACAAAUAUUAUCGGAGUGUGUUUACUAAGGCGGAGACACAGAAGCGCUAAAUGUGUUUUAGUCCCAAGUUUUCGAGCUAAUGUAAGUAGAAGUCUAUGUCGGAGUAGGAGAAGUUGAACAAGCCCGAGCCGUGGCUCUGAGAUUCGAAAAACUGCGGAGGGUAACGGCCGAUUCUCUGUUCUCUUCACGUGUUAUCGUUCAGCACUCGGGGUUAGGCAGAGACGGGCCACGGGAACAAGUCAGGCAGGGAUGUAAAGUCCUUCAGAUGACAGGAGCUUUAGUUUGCUAGUUUCUGAUAGUGAUAAUUCUGUACUAGUCUUCUCUAUACUGGAAGACGAGUACACGGGGAAAACCUGGCUCCAAUGCUGAUCUGGUGUUUGAACGGAGGAAGCUGCUGUGAUUGUGUCAGAGAUUACCCUCUGUUUGGAGAAUGACGGAUAUUACUCACAGGAGCAGUUCGAUAGUGCCUCGCUCAGGUCCUUUGAAACGUCGGAAAUCUGAAACUCCUGAUGGAUUCGUUUUACUCACAGAAGAUGAGCCGUUGGAGCAGGAGAAAAAGGAAAACAAUAAUUUAACAGAGUAUCGGGAUGCCCCCUCCAGCCCUUCAGCAUCGGAUGCCACCAAUGAUUUGUCUCCCUUUGAGAAUUUGGGAUCUCCAGGGUCUCCACCACCUUUUAAUCCAAUCGACAAUGAAAGACUUCCAAAUGAACUUCUGGAUGAAAUCUGCUCAGAUGUGGGUUUUAAGGAUACCAUGGACCUGGACAUUGUGGAAUUCCUCAUGGAUCAGGAGGUUCCAACAACCGAUGCUGGCCAAAUUUGCGAUCCUUUCUCAACUGCCGGUCUCUUUUCAGUCAAUGGAUGCAUGGCCACGCCAACGAAAGGAAUUGGAAAGUCUGGUGGGGACCGAGCGUCUAGUCCAGGUCUGCCACCGACUGGGUAUUCGGCCUGCUCCAGUACAUCCGGCAGUCCAGUCAGCAAACGGUUCCAUGCUGCUCCUCUAAGUUCCCAGUCGAGUCCGCAGAAGGACUGCUCUAGUGCAAAUACAUUUAAACUGCCCAAGACACCAAGUAAAUCCUGUUCUUCCUCUGAUACAAACACAGCCGGUUUCCAGUCGCCAAGUCGUCAUCAAACCAGUAUUGACAACAAUUUGAUUAGCACUCCGUCCAAAACAGGGAACCAUGCUGGAUUAUGCCAUGACUCAGCAAACCACCACCACCAUCAACAACAACAACCAGGACAACAACAACAGCAGCACCCACAGAUGCCCUCAGAUGGUCAUCUGCAUACAGGCCAACACGGUCAUCACCACAUACAGCCCCCUCACGGGACAGUCUCGGCUGCCACCAGGUGCUGCAGUCCUUCCUCUGGAGCGCCUCCUCCCUUACAUCAUCUGGGCCCACGCCACCCAAUGCAACAAGGACAGAACCUUCAAAAUCCUCAGGGGUCAAUGGUGCGUCCCUCUCCUCAACGAAUGCCUCAGGGUUAUCCACAAAGCCCGGGAUACAAAAAGAUGGGUCGUCCCUCUCCUCCAGUGGUGAAUGUUCUCAAUAUGCCACAGUCACAAAACAUGCCCCAGACUCAGAAUUCAAGGUGGAUGAACAACAACAACAACAACUGCCAAGCUUCUAUGCAGCAACACCCGUAUCAUGACAUGAAUCAAAAUAAGUAUGAUCAAGGGAAACUGGGUUUUUAUAACAACCCUAACGCAGCUUCGCAGUACAUGAGCCAGCAGGGCAGAACGUUGGACUCUCCAUUAGACCAGGGUUACUUCUCUGGAGAUACGGCAUCUGUCAGAAGUUUCUCAUCAUCGUCAUCGUCUACUGGCACCACAGUUAUGUGUGGCGGUGUGACAGGCGGCAAGGGGCAUAUGAUGAGGCGAGCCAUGGGCUCAAACCCUGCCCUCAAUCAGUAUAUGCCUCAAGCACAGCACCCACAGGAGAUGAACAUCUAUAGGGCUGCCCAGGGUGGUAUGGGUCCUAAUGGUGGCAUGGGACCAAAUGGUGGCUUCCCACAGCAACAACAACAACAACAGCAGCAGCAGCAACAUCAGUUUGGUAAUGAGUGUGACUAUUUUGGAAAGACUGAACCCAAUGAUCAGGCUUAUCCUGGACAGAUGGGUCAGAUGUGUCGUCCCCAGGGCAAUCCUCAGGUGAACAGACCCUACCCUUCACCAGGGGUGAACAGUACAAACUGCUUUGACAACAGUUUCAACCCUGUUGGGAAUUUUGAAACGGACUUCAAUGACAAUGAACAAAAAUCCAUAUCUACCAAAAUCUUACCACGUUGUUCACCUUAUGUGAAGUCUGACGUGGCACCUUAUACUGUGCCUUGCAACAAUGGGCAAACUGUGGCAAACCCUUAUGACAUUAGGAAUAAUCCUGGUGUGCAGAAUGGUGGAAUACCUCAGCAGGCUGGUGGUCACAAUAUGGAAAUUGCUCCCAACACAAACUAUGACAACUGUAGGCCAGUUCCUGACAUGCAGAACCCUAAUAUGUCAAUGAUGUCCUCCAUGGAAGGUUCCAAUAUGCAUAUCCCUCAAUCCAUGCCCUCUCCAGCAAGAGGGUACGCAUUGAACUCCAAUAACUCUACUUCUAUGCAAAUGCCUCCACAAACUCAGGGGGCUUGUGACUCUCCUAUGCACUAUGGUAACAGAUCCAUGCAGCAAGGCAGUGCUAUGGACCCAUCUUUCGUAGGACAAAUGUCGAACAUGCAGAUGCCUGCCACCCCUCAAGCCAGUAGUUGUAGUGGGGGUAUGGGUGUUCAGCAGCCAAACAUGACUUCUACGCCCCACCCAGGGCAUCACAUGUCUACUAUGUGCUCAGGAGGGGGAUCUCAAUACCCUGUGUCUAACAAUCCCAUGGGUGGGGUUGGCAAUCAGUCUUGGCAACAAGGAAACAAUAUGGCUCCUCAGCCAAUGGGGCAGGGCUAUGGCAAACCUCAGGGUAUGUGUGCCCAGGGCAUGUCUCAGCCCAUGGGACAAGGGCCAGUCCCUAAUGGUGCGCCCCCUCCUGGUCAUAUGUGUGGGCCAAACUGUAACUGUAAGAAUGCAGCAAGACGACCCCCAGUGAUAUCAUCCCAGCAGUCCUUCAUCCAGCAUUUGAUAACAGACAGGUCCAAUGCAUUCCGAUCACAUCCAUUGUUCCCCCUUCUGCGUGAUCUCAUUAUUGCUGAUAUGAACUUCAACUCCCCGUCCUUCCCCUAUCAGCUCAUAAGAAAUCUACCUGCUGAUUUUGACAAACUAUUGCAGAACUUCUUACAAAGAAACCCUCCAAAUGGGAGUUAUCAAAACAACUACGCAGUGGAAAGUGUUAUUAUGGAUGCCUUAAAAUAUGCCCACCAGUGCCUUAUAGAGAAAAUUAAAGUUAGACAAGAACAAGACAAACACACAAAGACCACGUCAAAAUCUCUAAGUGCUAUUGAAGAGUUUUGUGAGAAGUUUGAUCGGGCUGUGAGAAACAGUAUGAGUAAGCCAGAGCAUCCAGCUGCAGGUAACCAUGGUGAUAUGGGUGUUGUGAACCCCAUGAUGAAUGGAGGUCAAGGGUCAGGUGUUGUUCCUUUACCAGGAGGUGCUGCAGGCAUGUCAGCCCAGGACCAUAAACACUCGAUGGAGAUGCCGCCUCCGACUGGCUACCUAAGCUCCCCGAUGAAGAAGAUGGAUCAUAUGGGGGGUAUGAUGUCACACUUCCAUGUGCUGCGAGAUUUGCCUGACUCUGCUAGUGAAUCAGGUUCUUCCAUCAGUAGCACAUCGUGCCACAACAAAACAGAAUCCAAGAAACACCCAAGUCUACCCAAAGAGGCUGUUGCCAUGAUGUUGGACUGGUUAAGGAACCACAAAGACAACCCUUACCCUAAUGAUGAUGAGAAGGCAAUGCUAAUCAAACAAACAGGACUUACCAUCAAUCAAAUCAACUACUGGUUCACAAAUGCCCGCAGGAGGAUUUUACCAAAAUGGGCACAGGCCAAAACUUAGGAGUGAUACUUUGUGAUUUAGAGCUGUUUAUGUGUCCAGGAUUAAAAACCACCCUGCCUACCAUAGUGACGAGUGGCUUGGGUGUUUUACUGCGCAAACUCAGGGAUGGAAUUCUUCUGUAUACCUGCCACUCAUCUGUGUUCCUUUUGUAUAAUGAAUUUGUGAUUUAGAAGACUAUUUAUUAGUUUUGUAGUCCUGUAGCUCCUCAUAUUUGAUCUCUUGACUAUCUGGUCUCAAACCCACCUGUUCAGGUAUUUAUAGCUCAUCUAGCUUUGUUGCUUAUCUGUCUUUUCUCAAAACAACAGUGUCUCUCAAUUUACCUGUCUCUCCUGAUCAACUGACCUGUCCAGGUCAUAUCUGUUCUCUCUAUGUCUGUCUCUCCUCUACUCUGAUGUCUCAACAUUAGGGUUCUGUCUCGCACCUUUACUCAUUUUGUCUCUACUGUGUAAGCUCUGUUACAAAUUAUAGCUGGUAUUAUGCUGUGAAUUGGACAAAAACUGCUGAUCGAUCAAACAAUCUAAGAACUUUUCGUGAAGAUGUUUCUUCCGGUAAUGCCUUCUUGGGCUAGCAUUUUGCAUGUAUAAUUGUAUAUUCUAUCUCACAUGAAAUAUGAACAAAUGUAAGCCAAGCAAAGAAUCGCCGAUUCUUGGUGUUGACAAUAGCCUUAUAUUAGGUUAAGGGAGAGAACUCUGGAACAAAAACCCUAUCAGUAUUUCUGGCGGAAGAGUCUUGUAUUACUUGGUGUUUUCAGCAAGAAACCCAGCGUGCGUUGUAGUUAUAGGAUUUAAAUUGAAUUCCACUUCAAACAACAUUUUGUCCCUCAAAUGUUCUGUUAGUUUUAAGUUUAGUUUCUGUGUUAUUUAAUUCUCUGUAGUUGUUGGCAUAGUGCUUUUUCUCUUUCGCCAAGAACUGUUUCAUAAUGUUGGCAUAAUAUAUUGGAUUAAGAAAAGCUAUGGUGUCUUAGAAAGGCACAUCUACAAUGUUGAAGGAUUGUGUUUAUGCAAGUUUGAUUUCAUUUCUUAAUUAAGAUACAGUCUUAACCAUACUCAGAACCAUAAAUAUUUAUUAUAUGUUCUACAAUGAUUUUCAUACCAGUACUUCAGAAAAGGUUUUCGCCUAAGGGGAAGUUCAGCAAUACCAUUAUCAUCUAAAUUUACGCAAAACAUUUAGAGUUUAAUGUUCGAGUGAUAACAGUUCUCUUACGUCAUAACAUACAUCGACCUGCAGCUUGUAAAUCAAGAGAGCAAUCAUUGUUUGCGCUGCUUAUAUUUUAUACAUUCAGCAGUCACUAAGUGCCUUUUACUGUAAGUUGUGUGUAGCUCUCCUAAUUAGUGUCUUCCUCUAGCCCGACCAUCGCUCCCCUGUGGCUAGGAGGUUUACCACCUCGAGCAAUUCUGGUCACCGAUGGACGCUGCCUUCGCCACGCCUGUCCAAGUCAUCUGGAACAAAACGGGUAUUACUAUAUGCUGUAGCUCUGGCAUGUGUUGUCGCUGUAGGUUUGCAUCACACCCCGUACCUGUCUUGUCACGACGCUGCCUUAAUGUAUAUGCAAGUCCAACUAGUUUUUUAAGCAUAUUUACAGGGUUACAGCAACGUUGUUAUUUUUAAUGAACACGAUUCUUGGUUGUUUUAACUGUUUAUAUUACUUUUGGUACUAGAGUCC